AUGGAGACAUGUUUCGAGCAACCGUGCUGCUCGGCACGAGGUGAAGUGCCCCCAGAAGUUAUUGAAGCGGUGCGGAGGCAACCGGGAGACGCUGCUCCUGAGUCUGAGCCAUCCAUCGCAGAUUCGGUGUCGCCCUUCGACUGCCUGGAUUCGCCGUCGCAAUCCUCACGGCCCCGAGGCUCCACCUGGGAGACCGUGGGGCCAGCAAGCAGCCCAGGUGCUUCCAUGGCCGUGGCAAAGACUUUGACAAAGGAGGAGCGGCUUGUUUCGGGCGGGUAUUCCGACGUGGAUGACGAAAUUCUUUGGGGUAUACCUCUCCGUAGAUCUCUGAAGAGACUCGGGCGGGUCUGGCGCUACAAGCCCGCCACCUGGAAGCCCGCCCAGCGUGCUGAACUUCACGAGCUUUCGCAGAACGUGGAGUCCUUCGACGUGUUCCUCUCGCACACGUGGCAAACGCCUGGUUGGCACAAAGCUGUAGCUCUCUCCUUCCAAUGUGGCUGGCGGAGCACGUUUGCCCUCUGGUGUGUGGCGGAGCUUGCAUCCACUGCUUUGUGCCUGCUGGAUGUGCUACCAAUGCCGUUGCCAUACAAGCCAAACGUCAUAGGGUUCACAGACGAGUGUCCUAUGGGCCUGUGGGUUUACGGUUCUGGCGCACUGGCUCUCUUAUUGGGAUGGUUUCUGACGCCCCACUUGCCGGAUUUUUGCAGUCAGCCGGAAAUGGGAUUCAUCGAUGUCGUCAGCAUCAACCAGGAGGACAGUCUUCUCAUGGAGCGGGGGGUGUACGGCAUUGCCGGGUUCUUGCGCAUUUCCUCGGAGCUCCGCGUGCUUUGGAGCGCACCCUACCUGUCUCGUCUUUGGUGUGUCUUUGAACUUGCAGCCUACAGGAAGGUCAAUCCUACUGGCAUCAUGAGCUUCCGGCCGCUCUUCGUCGCAACUUUGCCACGCAUAUUCCUUGCUCUAGUGGAGUUCGAUAGUUUCUUUGAACCUUGGAGGUCGGGCGAUGAAUAUCGGUUUACGAUCUAUCUUGCCUUCGGUACCUUCUACGUCUUGAACGCGGUUGCGACCGCCCUUCUCCGGAGCAACUACCGGGAGAAGCACCAUCUGCGACGGGAGUUGCGGCAAUUCGAUCUAAACAAGGUCUCAUGCAUGCACGAGUUCGACCGAAUCUUCAUUCAUUCUGCGAUCUCGAAGUGGUACGGGAGCAAGGAAGCCUUCACGGAGUUCGUACGUCAGGACCUGCGGCAGGACUUGGAACCUGGAAUGGCCAAGCGCUUUCCCUUCAAAUACCUUCUUCUCCUGAUGGCGGCUUUGGUGUCCGUCAGUAUGGAGUUCUUCGUGGCCAUGUGGAAGGGUGGUGCCCCCUUUGAGUCUUUGCUGGCCUUUGCCUUGGCGAUUCUGUUGGGGGUGGACGUUUUCGUCGGUAUUUGUGUCUCAGUGAUCUUGCACUACCUCUCGGAUCGCUUUGCUGCCCGUCGUUUUGGCCGCUUGGACCAUGUGCAGACAUUUCUGAUCAUAUCGUUGGUCGCUGCCAUGUUCUACUACUCAAACAAUCUUGCAGUUGCGGCCUAUGCCUCCAGUCUGGAGCAUUGCAUCCUCUUCGCCGUGGUCUCCGGUGCGUUGGCCGGCUGCUUGUGCUGGCUAGAUAGGCACACACCCAUGCCUGACAUCAGCGAGCCGCUAUGA